AUGUCAGGCUCCAACGUCCGCACUGUACACCCAUUGUCUAAACUGAACAGGUGAGGAUUUUGGCCAUAUGUUUAAAAUAUGACUAUGUUGCUCAGGGGGCAGUAGGCCUACGUUUUGUGAAUGUAUGAAAGGUGUACUGAAUUCCCAAUAUGUUGGGUUACUUACCAUAGUUAUAAAAUUUUAUUUGUCACUUGCGUCGAAUACAACAGGUGUAGACAUUACUGUGGAAUGCCUACUUACAAGCUCUUAACCAACAAUGCAGUUCAAGAAAUAGAGUUAAGAAAAUAUUUACAAAAUAAAAUAAAGUAAAAAAUAAAGUAAAAAGUAACACAAUAAAAUAACAAUAAUGAUGCUAUAUACAGGGGGUACCGGUACCGAGUAAAUGUGCGGGGGUACAGGUUAGUCGAGGUAAUAUGUACAUGUAGGUAGGGGUAAAGUGACUAUGCAUAGAUAAUAAACAGCGAGUAGCAGUAGUGUAAAAACAAAUGUAAAUAGUCCGGGUGGCCAUUUAAUUCAUAUCUAUGAUAAAUGUGAGUUUAGAAGUGUGCAAUGACUGAGCUUUAGUAUCAGUAAAGCUCUUUUACAUCGCCUAUUCUUCCCCUAAAACACGGCUAUUCUUUAACACGGUGGUCUGUACAGUAGGACGUUGUAAUGGAUCUGUAUAGCAGGCUACAGACCUGACUGUCUCAUAUGGACUGACUGGUAGCACUCUGUAGCUAGCUACCACAGCUUGGCCUGCUGCAUUCUUCUGGGACUAAUUACCCUGGAAAGAGGAUUUGAAUUAUUGCAGUAUUUAAAGAGGCUUCAUUUGAGAAACUAAUAUUAUAUCAGGAGGUGCAGCCAUAUUGAUAUUCCAGAGCUCACUGACCUCGGUUUGAAAUCUAAGAGGGCAUGAGUGGAUGAUUGAGUGAAAUUAGGAUCCACAGUAAAUCUAGCCGGGGUUAGGGAAACAUACCAGAGUAAUAUAGCAUAAUAUGUUUUCCCACACGUCUCUACCGCCAUGCUGCUCUAUGGCUGGCUGACUCUGUGGAAUUGAGCUAGGGGCCAAAUAGAGACAGGCGCUGUAGUGGAGCCAGUAGCAGCAGUCUUUGAUAGUGUAUCUAACUCAAUAUUCACUCCAUUUACAGGUUUUUCUCUGGUGUGGUUAGUUCCUCUUGAGUUUUCCUUUACUCAUCCCCACCUGUUUUCUCUCCCUCCCUCCCUCCCCCCUCCCUCCCUCCCUCCCUCUCUUUCUCUCCCUCCCCCUCCCUCCCUCCCUCCCUCCCUCCCUCCCUCCCUCCCUCCCUCUCUAUCUCCUGCUCUCUCUAUAGCUCUCUCUUUCUCGUUCUAUCUCCUGCUCCCUCUCUCUCUCUUCCUCUCCCAUCUCUCUAAGAUGCUCCUCCAUGAGGAGAGAGUUACUGUCCAUAAGGAGAGGGUUAUUGUCCAGUCAAGCCUGACAAAUGGUGUCUUCAUCCAUCGGUCCCAGUAUUACCUGCAUGGACCAUUGAGAGUUGUUGUGACAUAUGGUUGUCAGGAAGACUCUAGUGUUUACAUAGAUACACACAUCUUAAUGGAUUGGCUAUAUACUGUUGUGGUGUGCAUACGCCUUUACUUCUUUACCUUGUUCCUACAGAGGAAAAUAAGUGCAGUUUUCUCAUUAUGUGUUUUCUGUCUUCACAGAGCUUCCAGUGUUCCCAAGGCUGAUGCACCAAAGGUAAGUACACUCCACUCCAGUGAAUUAAUCAGAUAUAAACAGUCACAUUCAUUAUUUAGGAUGAAAGGCCUCCUGUAGCUCAGUUGGUAGAGCAUGGCGCUUGCAACGCCAGGGUUGUGGGUUCGAUUCCCACGGGGGCCAGUAUGAAAAAUGUAUGCACUCACUAAAACUGUAAGUGGCUCUGGAUAAGAGCCAUGUAAAAAUGUAAAAGGAUUAUGAGAAUGUUUGAGCAUGCUCACUGUGCCCUUCUGAGACGAUGUUAAACCACAUUGUGAUUGGCUAUUAUGGGCAUUAUUCAACGCUAGGGAAUAAUGUGCUGCCCGAUAGCUCUGAGGCACAUACCAUACUGCUGGGGAGCAUUUCCCCUGCAUGAGUUUGCUGUGUGGUUUGCAGUGUGUGAGUGUCGUGCAUAUGUGUCCUCACCCCCCUAUAGGACAAGCCACUGGAGAUCAUUAAGCCUGUGCCAAUCACCCAUCCAGCCCCACCCUCCACCUUCACCAGCCCCUCCCCCCAACCCGGCGCUGCCUACAACAAGACGGCCCGCCCCUUUGGCGGGGGCAGCAAUGUGGGUGCAGUCACUUCCUCCCUAACCGCCCCAAAGGUGGCCUCCAUCCCCUCUGCAUCGUCUGCUUUCACCCCCGCUGCCCCCUCCUCCCAGCAGCCCCAGCCUCCCUUCCCAUUAGCUAGCCGCUCCCGCUCCCCAGCCCCACCCAGCUCAGCCCCACCCCCAAGACCCGGCUCUGGCCGUUCCCCCUUCACCACCCCCUCCUCCACUCCCUCCUCUUCUUCCUCCUCCUCCCCGGCCAGAGUGACAGCCUCCUCCUCCAAUCCCGGUGCUCCGCAGUCCUCUUGCUAUAACACACCCAUCAACCUGUACUCCAAUGCCAAUGCCUGUGAGGUGGCCAUAGGACAGAGGCGGGGGCCUGUUUGGAAGCCCAGGGUGUGGUGGUUCGACCAGGAUCAAAGAAAGCAGUUUUUAUGGGUGAGUGGCACUAACCCUCACCUUUCAAGCGCAGAUGAAAAGAAGCGAGGGCCGGAGAGGGAGGAGAAGAGGAGAGGAAGGAGGGAGGGAGGCAAACCAAAACACAGGCGAAAGACGAGAAAGAAGGAGAGAGAAGAGAAUCGCGAAGAGAAGAAAGAGAAUAGAAGAGAAGAGAAGAGAAGGAGGAGAGGAGCGGAGAGGAAGGAGAGGAGGAGGGAGAGGGAGACGGAGCAGGAGGGAGAGGAGAGGAGAAGGAGAGAGAGGAGAGAGACGGAGAGGAGAGGGAGGCGAGAGGAGGGAGGAGGAGAAGUGCAGCGAAGAGAGACUCGCAGAGGAGAAGAGGGAGAGACAGCGAGAAGAGAAGAGAAGCGUCGAGAGGCGGGGUGAGGAGAGCAGAGGCGAAGGAAGCAGAAGAGACGGAGAAAAAAGAGAGCUACAGUAAGCAUAAUAGAAGAGAUAAGCAUGCCUCUCAUAUCCGUCAUAUCCGUGCAGUGUAUAAGAGUACGAUAAGGAAGCUCCGUAUCAAUCUCCUCUCAUUCCUCUCCUCUCCUCUCCUCUCCUCUCCUCUCCUCUCCUCUCCUGUUACUUUCUUUAUCUAACCAAACCCCUCAUAUUCUCCUUUUGCUUCCUUUCACUUUCCAAGAAGAUCAACUGUGGGUAGGUAGGUGGUUUGUACACGAAGUUCACUUGAAGUUAUUACCAUGUACCACAUUUACCUUUUAGCUCAUAGGAACAACAUGGCUAUGUUAGGUAUGACCACUUGGACUGGUGUAGUGCAGCAGGAAAGCUGUAAUGGGAAGUGAACAUGUUUCUGUCUCACAUCCCAUAAAUCCUGUGUGUUGUUGUCAGGUCUACAGAGAGAUGUGGUUCACUUCACUGUCUGUCUGGAUGAUGUUUGAGGCCUCAAGGAGCUGUUGUCCAUUUGCAGUUAACCAACCAUGUAAUAACAACAGACUACCUGAGAGAGGACAUACUUUGUUGUAAAUCUUCCAUCAGUUUCUCCUACAUAGUCUAUAUAGCUGUUGGUAGAACAACUAGGAUAUGGUGCCUAUACCCCAACUCUGUAAACAGCCACAAUGAGUGCAGCAGCACAUCUUGUCCCAUUAUGUUGAAGGGAACUGGAAACAGAAGAAAAAGGCAGCAGCAGCCGACAACAUGUUAAACUCACUCCUGCUACCGCCCAACCUAGCCCAUCCUAACCCAGCCCAGCCUAGCCCAACCUAGCCUAGCCAAGCCUAGCAUAGCCUAGCCCAGCCUAGCCCAGCCCAGCCUAGCCCAGCCUAACCCAGCCCAACCAAGCCUAGCCCAGCCUAGCCCAGCCCAGCCUAACCCAGCCUAGCCCAACCCAGCCUAACCCAGCCUAACCCAGCCCAGCCCAACCCAUCUUAACCCAGCCUUGCCCAACCCAGCCUAGCCCAGCCCAACCCAGCCUAGCCCAAAUCCAGCCUUGCCUAACUCAGCCCAACCCAGCCCAACCCAACCCAGCCUAGCUCAACCCAGCCUAGCCUAGCCCAACCCAGCUAACCCAGCCUAGCUCAGCCUAGCCCAACUCAGCCUGCCUCCCUUUAAUUGAUAGUAGAGUUAAUAGCUUUGCCAAACACCCAGUAGUCUGGCUCUGAGUCUAUCUGACGUCUUGUUGUUGUGUCGACUCAGACGCUUGUUUUCUAAUUAGCCCAGCAUACUGGCAGCUCUGGGCUGGAGCAACUCUUUAUUGGGGUGGUUCUCAGGCCAGAGGAUAGGAAGAACACUGUGCACUAGUAACAUGUGUUUUAGACUAGUCUACCAAUAUAGUUGACUGAUACAAAUGGUAUUAGUUUUGUUUCGCAGCUGAAUAUAAUAGACUUCAUGCUACUUACCUCUAGGCACUUUGGUUAUCAUCUCAGUCUGUUCUGAAUAAUGUAAUACCUUCUCUGAGUUAUUAUAUGACCUUAGACCUUCCUCCCUUCUAAACCGGUUUUGGCUAGAAUGGAUACAGUUUAUGUCAGACUUUUUGUAGCAAGUUAGACCUUAUGCAGCAGGUUAGGACAAUUCACGUAGCAGGUUAGGAUAAUUAGUUUAGGGUUAGGUAAAAUGCACAAAAACAUUUGACGAAUGACAAUUUGACAUAAACGGUAUCCCAUCUAGCCAUGACCACCUAAAUCCCCUGGACUGCCCUGUCUGCUUGUACAGGUUCCAGGUAUAGUAGAAGCAUGUGUGUGUGUUUCUCUCUGGGUGUCUGCUCGUCCAUCGUCUCAGAAUGGGUCCUAAAAUCAUGUGGUUUUAGGACCCAGUUGAAUCACUGCUCUUCUCUUUUACUGCUCCUUUACUUUGCUUCUUCCUCUACUCCUCUCUUUUCUCUUUCUGCAGGAGGUGGAAGAGGAAGAGACCAAGUUAGUAUUGUAACAGUGACACACUGUCUGCUAGUUCUUUGACUGUGGGAUGAUGUGAUUAUCAGUGCUGUACUGCUGCACAUGAUGACUGCAGUACAGUUAGAUUAGUACAAUAGGCAUGCUGGCGCCUCUCUGCCAUAAAUAACCCUCAUAAACCUCACUCAUAUACUUACUGUCUAAAGCGUAAAUCAUAGUCCACAGAAGCUGAGACGCGAUAGUCCAGCGUCCUAUUGUGACAUAGCUAAGCGGUUCUGAGACCACCAUCCGCGGGGAAGCACAGCCCUCCGCUCACCUUCCCACAAUUCUCAACCAACACGGCUCCGGUACGAGUCCUCUAUUCAUUUGAAUGUGUUGACAGUUGGAGAAAUUGUUUGAACUGCGCUCAGAAUUCAAAAAGUAUGAAAACCAACAGUCUAAUAUUCUAGAACACUGCUGUGCGUAUGUGUUCACCUUUUGGACGAUGACAGACGCUUUACACACUCAUCUCACAGCACAAAUCAACCUGCAAAGCCACACUGUAAAUAACACACAGCCAUAAGCCAUAAUAAGCCUUGUGGUCCACUGAGGCCAGUUCAUUCUGUUCAUUCAUGCUCUGUGUGUGUAAUGGCGUCCCGGCCCGGUCCAUGUGGGAUAACUACUGUAUUUACACCCAGGUUGCAUUUCAAAUGCCACCCUAUUCACUUUAUAGUGCACUACUUUUGACCAGAGCCCAUAGGCUCUAUAGGCACUAUAAAGGGAAUAGGGUGCCAUUUGUGAUGCAUCCCCACCAGACCCACGACCAGGCUCCAGACUGCAACCCAGAGCCCUGUAGGCUGACCUGUCACCUCUCAGCAGGGCUACUGAUCCCUGUCCCUGCAUCUGUCCCCCUCCGUCUGCCACCGUGCCACUCUGUUUACCCAAGGCCAUUCAUGAAUUACCAGCCAGGACCGUCACAAUCUGACCCCUCUCGCCCCAUUCACUUAGAAUACACUCACUGACACACACAGUCGAAUAGAACACAGCUCACACGCAGAACACUCAGACACACUUGACUUGCCCCCAGUGCAGAAAUCCACUUGUAAUGCAAUAAACAGACAUCUUGAGAUGUGUGUCUAAACAUGAUUUAAUUCAGGACAGGAAUACAAACAAUGUAUCCGUUCUGGUCCUGAGCUCAGCUCAGUGGUUCCCCCUUGUGGCGAGGGAUGGUAACUUUCACCUUGGUUUAUAACCGUAUUAUACAUACAAUAUCACUAUUUAAUCGUUUUCAGUCAAUUCCCCAAAAUCCAAAAUCCAUCACCAGUUUAUUCAGAUGAUCAAUAAUCCAUAAAGCAUAUUUCCCCCUACUACUAAAACCAUUGUCAUGCUAUGAUAUGUUUGUGUCUGAGUUAACACCAUUAUGUACUGUAUGUGGGCUGAAUCAUGUAAUGUGUGUCAUGUCAUCUUCAUAAGGGUUUCGGAGGUGGUCAUUGCAGUCAGUUUGAAUUGAUAGUCAGCUGACAACUGCUCUGCUAUUUCUAGUGUAACUGCUGUUUCUGAUAGUGGGCCUCCGGGCAUUCUUAAGUAAGUAUAGCCUGUAACAUCAAAACUCAUACUUUAGAUAUGGUUUAGCACCGUGGAAGUACAAUAUUCUAUCUUUCAAGUUUCUGAUUCUUCUUCUUCUCUUAUCAUAUUUUCCUUUCUUACCACCCUCUCAAUGUCUGUGUGCAGAGUCCCCCCAAAGACUGCCCCUAGGAGGUACAGUAAUGGGAAAUGUAGCCGUGCACACUUCACUUAGUGAACGUAUGUUUGUCUUGUCUGAGUAUACCUGUAGUAUACAUUGGGAGUACGAGUGUAUUUGUCUGUACCAGUGUGUGAACGAGAAGAAAUGUUGCUCUUGUGUUAUGCUACUAUAUAUAUAUAUAUAUAUAUAUAUAUAUAUAUAUAUAUAUAUAUAUUAAUGUAAUACAUUAAUCUGAAUAAUUACUGAAUAAUUAAGUAAUUAUUAAGAGUGAUUUUUAUGAUUGCUAAAUGGUAAUGAUAAUUGUAAAUGAAUGGUAAUGAUGAUGAUGAUGAUGAUGAUGAUGAUGAUGAUGAUGAUACUUAUUCUGUGUGUGUGUGUGUGUGGUCUCAGGAACAGAGUUGAACCAGAGUUGAUCCACGCCUCGCCCCUCAGUGAGGCCAGUAAGAAGCGUCUGAUCGAGGACACAGAGGACUGGCAUCCUCGCACCGGGACCUCCCAGUCCAGGUCCUUCAGAAUCCUGGCUCAGAUCACCGGCACAGAGAAAGGUGGGUACCCCCUGGCACCCUCCCCCUUACCCCAAUACCCUGAGGCAUAAUGACACCCUAGUUACUGUAUGUUGGGUAACCUGGCACAAUGGGACUAGGAAAUAGAAAUCUAUCCUAACUAGAUCAUUGUGAUCUUACAGUAAUAUCCCUCUGAAGUGACCGUUUCGGCUUUGCUUUUUCCCCUAAGGGAAAGGUUACGUAAGUAGACUGAAGUAUAGAUUACAACAGUGCUGCAUGUUAGUCCCUGUAGUGCACAGGGUGGGAAAUGAACACCAGCCAUUAGCUAAAUGCUGGUAGAUUUUGGGGCAUUUGGGAGCAUUUAUAAAAAAAUGGAAGAGAGAAUCUCAACGCUACAGUGGUGAAAGCAGGUGGGGUACAGUGUUUUCUGUCAUUUAUCUUCAUUAUCCACCAGCCACUGCAGUUAAUUUCCCACCCUGGUAGUGCAGCUCUGUCUCUGUUGUCUGGUCCCCCUGGCACAGCUCUGUCUCUGUGUUCUGGUCCCCCAGUGCAGCUCUGUCUCUGUGUUCUGGUCCCCCUGGCACAGCUCUGUCUCUGUGUUCUGGUCCCCCUGGCGCAGCUCUGUCUCUGUAUUCUGGUCCCCCUGGCACAGCUCUGUCUCUGUGUUCUGGUCCCCCUGGCACAGCUCUGUCUCUGUGUUCUGGUCCCCCUGACACAGCUCUGUCUCUGUAUUCUGGUCCCCCUGGCACAGCUCUGUCUCUGUGUUCUGGUCCCCCUGGCACAGCUCUGUCUCUGUGUUCUGGUCCCCCUGGCACAGCUCUGUUUCUGUAUUCUGGUCCCCCAGGCACAGCUCUGUCUCUGUGUUCUGGUCCCCCUGGCACAGCUCUGUCUCUGUAUUCUGGUCCCCCUGGCACAGCUCUGUCUCUGUGUUCUGGUCCCCCUGGCACAGCUCUGUCUCUAUGUUCUGGUCCCCCUGGCACAGCUCUGUCACUGUGUUCUGGUCCCACUGGCACAGCUCUGUCUCUGUGUUCUGGUCCCCCUGGCGCAGCUCUGUCUCUGUGUUCUGGUCCCCCUGGCGCAGCUCUGUCUCUGUGUUCUGGUCCCCCUGGUGCAGCUCUGUCUCUGUGUUCUGGUCCCCCUGGCGCAGCUCUGUCUCUGUGUUCUGGUCCCCCUGGUGCAGCUCUGUCUCUGUGUUCUGGUCCCCCUGGCGCAGCUCUGUCUCUGUGUUCUGGUCCCCCUGGCGCAGCUCUGUCUCUGGGCCUCAGCAUCCAUCUCUCUGUCAUCACCCCAGCCCUGUGUGUGUUAGACCUGCUCUGCUGAUACAAACUGACAAGGAGCAAUGCAUUAGAAGUCAUUCUCUGCUCCACACAGAGGCUGAGGUUACUUAUACAAUGUUUAAUAUGUGCAAGGCUGUUGUGUUAUGCAAAUGAGUGCUGGAGAGUGGUUUGUACUUGCGUGGCUACCCAUCUACAUCGCUCCUGCCAAAUGCCACACCCACUAACGUUUCUUCUCCACGAUGAGUUUGGAUUUGCUUUUCUCCCUGAUCCUUUGAGAAUGCAAACACAUUCUGACUGUUCUGAUUGAUCCCAGAAACUGAUGGGUUGGGCCAGAGCUGGCUUACACGAAUCAUGAAUCACUUAAUUUUUUACAUCCUCACAAACGACUUCUAAGAUGGCAGGUUCAGACUGAUGUAUGGAGCAAUCAAUAGAGCAGCGGGAAUGAAAUUCAGGAUGUGUCGUCAGGCAAGGUUUGUACAGCUGCCCAGUAGAUGUGGAGAGAGGGAUGUAGCUCCAACCUGGACUGAGUUCAGCUGGCAGGGCUAUAUCUCUGCCAUGUGAUACUGGGCUCAAUCAACCAGCACUCACCUGGGGUAGUGCUAUUUGAGGUGCACCGUUGGGCAACCUUUUUUUAUAUAGGUAUAUUUUUGUCAAUAUCUGCUUGAUUAGAAUUAGCAUUUAAAAAGCAGUAUAACUACUCUCUUUUUGUCUUGUCACCCCAUCAGUUAUUUUCUAUUAUAAGACUCACAAGUCUACACGCACAUUUGACAAUCUCUUCUUUUAUGUUCAUGAGUUUCUUUUCUCUUCUGUUCACAGCUCAAGCCCAGGAGAACAGCACUGGAAAGAAGUGAGUAGUUGGUGGUAUGUCAGUCUGAUCCGAUGUGAUCUGAGGGUAGUUUCCUGGUGUGUGAGGCUGAUACUGUUGUUGUUACUGUUACUAUGUUGGGUUGAUCAGAGCUUUCUGGCACUCCAUGUCUCAUCCUACAUGUCACAGGAGCUUCUCAUUAUUGGGAUUCCGUGUUUAGCCCAUACUUCCUUAUCCAUGAGACGCUCAGUAUCACGCUUAGUUUAAGGCUUCAUUACAGGAAGCCACAUCAGAGGAAACCCUAGUGGAAACAGCUCAGGCAGGGUUAGCUGGGCUGGGCAACCCUUUGAGCCCUUUAGAGCUGGGGGUUCUGGGGGUUCUCAGGUCUGUUUUCUGCCCCUAUUCAUCUUCAUCUGCAGUAAAUGCACCCUGCUGCUCUCCCAACCAAAGCCCCGGCCAAUCAGCAUGUCACGAAGAGGGAUUGUGGGUAAUUAAGUGGGAUUGUGGGUAAUCAGGGCCUGCCAGGAGGAUACUUCCAAUCUCUCCUUCUUAGAGAGAUGUGGUUUACAGACAGCAUCCUUCCAAAGACAGAGCUCUCCUAUCAGGAGGUAUGAAACCACUGUCCUGUUUUUCCCUCAACAUUUCUUGUCUAUGUCUUUUUCUUAACAAUGUAUUUCUUUCCUUUCUUCCUGUCUGCUCUCCUGUGUCCUCUCCUUUCUUCCUCCUUCCUUCCCUCCAUCUCCCCUUCUGUCCUGUGUCUUUGGGUGUGUUAGGGUGAACAAACCGGACCCAGAGGUUGUGGGACAACAGUACAACAAGCUGAGAGAUUGGCACCACAGUGUUUCAGCACGCACACUCCACGUGCAGUAGACUGUAGAUAACAGUUACCUCUAUCUGCCUGUGUUUUAUUCAUUUCAAUCAGCCUGUAGUUGACUAGAAAGACAGUCUCAGAUCUCACAUUAUAGCAAUCCUGAGAUUUCACAUUAUACCUCACCACCUGUGCCUUGUCCCAUACCACAUCCCUUUGAGUAGUUACAGGAAUUAGUUAGUAGGUUACUGUGUGUGUGUGUACAGUGAGCCUGCUGGUGUGUUAGGGGAGUGUGAGAGUGAGUGUGUCUUUUUGUUAAAUACUCUCCCUUAGUUUACCUUGCCUUAGUACAUACACACAGUGGCCAGUUUAUUAGCUACCCGUUCACAUAAAUGGUUCGCUCCUACAGACAGUGAGCCAUGUGGCCAUGGCUUGCUAUAUAAAGCAAGCAGACAGGCAUUGAGGCAUUCAAUUACUGUUCGAUUGAACGUUAGAAUGGGCAAAACGAAUGACCUAAGCGACUUUGAGCGUGGUAUGAUCGUUGGUGCCAGGUGCAUUUCAUGCUCGACAGUGUUUAGGGUUUACUGAGAGUAGUGCGACAAACAAAAAACAUCCAGUCAGCGGCAGUUCUGUGGGCGAAAACAGCUCGUUGAUGAGCGACAUCGAAGGAGAAUGGCAAGAAUCGUGCAAGCUAUCAGGCGUGCCACAAACAGGCAAAUAAAGGCGCAGUACAACAGUGGUGUGCAGAACAACAUCUCGGAAUGCUCAACUCGUCCGUCCUUGAAACCGAUGGGCUAUUGCAGCAGAUGAUCACACCGGGUUCCACUCCUAUCAGCUAACACUGGACAAUUGAGGAGUGGAAAAACAUUGCCUGGUCUGACGAAUCCCGGUUCCUGUUGCGUCAUGCUGAUGGCAGAGUCAGGAUUUGGCAUACACAGCAUGAAUCCAUGGCCCCAUCCUGCCGGGUGUGUAUGGUACAGGCUGGUGGCGGUGGUGUACUAGUGUGGGGAAUGUUUUCCUGGCACAUGUUAGGUCCCUUAAACCAAAUUGAGCAACGUUUUCAUGCACCGAAGAAUACAGGCUGUUCUGGAGGCAAAGAGGGGUCCGACCCAGUACUAGAUGGGUGUACCUAAUAAACGGGCCACUGAGUGUAUCUUGAAUACCGCAUGAGAAGCAGGUUUAGAUUAAAUCUGCAUAUUAUCAUGGAUUGUAUCUGUAAUAUACUUUGAUUUAAUUUGGUUGAACGAUAUACAUUAUAAGUAGUUUAACUUAUAUUUUUGGUGUUUAUUCUUUUGUUUCUACUUAUUUUCCGACUUCACUAUCCUCCAACUUCAUUCUGAUCAUUUGUGUGUGUACCUUUGUAUUUUAAUCUUCAUUUUGUUUAAUUUUAUACACUAACCAUAUCCGUUUUGCUUGAGGAUUGUAACUGUUUAUAUAUCAAUAAAGUUUAUCCUUUUCUCAGCUAUUCUUUAUUUCCUGUCCCCUUCUCCCUUUCCCUUGAGCUUCCUCUUCUGUAUCUAAACACUUGACUGUGCAGUAGGUGCUGAGUUGGUAGAGCAUGGCGCUUGCAACGCCAGGGUUGUGGGUUCGAUUCCCACUACUGUAAAUCACUCUGGAUUAAGAGCAUCUGCUAAAAAAUGCUUGGUCUAUAGCAAUGGAUGCUUAUCACCAGUAGAGAGCAGUAUCAUCAAGACAUAUUUAAAGUACAGCGUAGCUGACCAAUUGUACAUUCACACAACUCAAUAUGACAUGGAGCAAAUCAAGUCAGACUCAAGUCAGGUUAUUUGCCUAAGGGCAAGUCUUUCUCACCUGGGAUUUGAACCAGCUACCUUUUUGAUACAGUGUGCCCAUACUGAGCGUGCUCGGUCCAUACCUUGAUAGGCUGACCACAACCACUAGUACAGACCUAACCAUAGUGGCUCAGGCAUUAUUUAUAGAACCGUCAAUGUCAUGGAGAACAACAUUGCAGAGUCUGAAAGAACAACACAAUUGUGUUGUUAUGAGCAGCUCCACUGCAUACAAUAUUUCAGAGAGAUAGAGACCGUGCCAACUCUAAUUGUGUUUCUGUUUUCUUAUUGAUUUGCCAUCUGGGCACUGGGAUGUAUCAUGUAUCCUUAUUGGAUAUACUGGCCAUGCUUUUCAUCAGACACAGCUUUUUAUCCAAUCAGCUCUCCUCUUAAUUGACCUGAUUGGUUGAGUGUGUCUCUGAGCUUCCUGCUAAUUGAUUGUAAUGGUUAGUGCCUGGGCUGGAUGUGACUCAGUCAUGCCUAUCAAAAUGAGCCCAGGGUUUUAUUGUCUUCAAAACAGCUCUUCCAAUGCACUUGUAUUUCCAACAACUAUUUUGGUAUUUUUGGGGCAUGGUCUGCACAUUGUUUCAAAUAAACAUGCACUUGAACAGGAAGAUAACCACAUAUUUUAUAUUGGGGGUAGGAGUGGUGGACUCAGAGGAUGCAGAAUGUGGGAGUUUUACUAUUGCUGAAAAUAAUGAAGUGAAGUCUAUCGUUUUUAGUGGGGAGGCGUGUUGUGAUGGAAUGACAUUCUAACAGAUGAGAGGUGUUCUGAGUCCUGGAUUCAACUCAUACUCUACUAUAACCAUUGCUGAGGUUGCCAUAACAAACAUGGACUGGGCCUGAGGGAGAGACUGACAGGCCUCAGUUGGCACAGCCUGGUGAUGUGAAUAGUCCUGAAUAAACAACACCAACCCUACCAGAACCUGGGAACCUUGAAUAUUAUAAAGGAAAAACAUUUCUGAAGUAUGAUGGAGUGUCUGAGUGUGUGUAUGUGUGUAUUUAUGUGUGUGUGUGUGUGUGUGUGUGUGUGUGUGUGUGAAGGUUUUUUGGUUUUACUAUCCUUGUGGGGACCAGAAGUAUAGUAAAACAAGGAAAAUUCAGACAAGUGGGGUCAUUUCGCAGGUCCCCACAAGGACAAGGUUAGGUUUAGGGUUAGGAUCACAAUUAGGGUUAGAAUUAGGGUUAGGGUUUUGGGUUAAGGUUAAGGUGUUAGAUUAAUUUGUAUUUUAAGAAUAAUGACUAAAGGAUUUCACCCCAAAUACAGUAUAAAUGUGUGAACGGUGUUAGUUAUAAUGUAGUGGCAACCCACUAACAGAGGGGGGCGGGACUAAACAUUCCAGGGUGAAGGGGACUGAGAAAACGGGUUGCAAAAAGCCUCCUAAAGGUGGGCGGAGCAAAGUGCCUUUGUGUGUCAAGGGGUAUCAAACAGGAGGGUAUGGGUUUUGGCGCCAGAGCUCUCCAUGAAUAAAAAUACAGAUAAUUCUUGCUGGUUGUGGACCUUGAAUCAUUUAUGAUUAAAACCAGAGCCUUACAACCUCUGGUAAUGAUUCAAGCUUAGGUUGAAUUAGAGAUCGAAAUUCUCAUGACAUAAGGUUAGGGUUAAAUUCAGGGUUAAGGUUAGGAUUAGGUUAACGGCACAGGAGGUUGGUGCACCUUAAUUGGGGAGGACGGGCUGAUGGUAAUGGCUGGUGUGGAAUAGGUGGAAUGGUAUCAAAUAAAUCAAACACAUGGUUUCCAUGUGUUUGAUGCAAUUCCAUUUACUCUGUUCCAGCCAUUAUUGUGAGCCAUCCUCCCCUGAGCAGCCUCCACUGGUUAAUGGUUAGGGUUCGGGGUUAGGGAAAUCAAUUGUUUGGUCCCCACAAGGAUAGUAAAACAAACGUGUGUGUGUGUGUGUGUGUGCGUUCAUGGGCGUUCAUGUAUGCAUGUGUGUCCAUGAACAAUGACCUAUAAGCAGUACUUUUCUGUUCUCCAGUAAAGUUGUUGAGGAUGCCCCGCCCACUGGCCACAUCACAACGUCAGUGAAGACCAUGACCAAAGUCCCAGGAGCCCCCAAGAAUGGCAACAGUGUCCCCCCACCCACCUUCAAGACCCCCUCUGCCCAGGUCAAACCCUCCUGGCCAGCUGGAGGUCCAGCAGGUACUGUAACACCAUGACACUAACACUAUGGUAUUCUUCUGACUGCCUCUCCAGAGGAUUCUGUGGUUAUGUUCACUCGCCUGGCUGCGUUUACACAUUCUGAUGAUGUUUCUGUUAUUGUGUGUGUCCUAAUGCUAAGAUAAAACUAGAUCUUCGCUUGAAGCUGAGGUGUACUACAGCCUUUGUUGAACAUGGACGAGUCAGAAAUGCUAAUAUAUAUCUUUAUUUUUCUAAGUUGAGAGCUCUGCCCUUUACACAAACAUUUAUUUAGGAGAAGAAGGUUUAUAUAUAUGACUGAAAUGUGAGGUCAUCUAGUAGAUUUAUUAACCCUCGGCACUGGCUUUAAAUGCCAUGGCUGCAUAGACUCAGACAAGCAACAGUACUCAAUAACUGUUACUUCAUGUACAGUGCCUUGCAAAACUAUUGAUCCCCCUUGGCGUUUUUCCUAUUUUGUUGAAUUUCAACCUGUAAUUUAAUUGGAUUUUUAUUUGGAUUUCAUGUAAUGGACAUACACAAAAUAGUCAAAAUUGGUGAAGUGAAAUGAAAAAAAAAACUUGUUUCAAAAAAUUCUAAAAAAUAAAUAACGGAAAAGUGGUGUGUGCAUAUGUAUUCACCCCCUUUGCUAUGAAGCCCCUAAAUAAGAUCUGGUGCAACCAAUUACCUUCAGAAGUCACAUAAUUAGUUAAAUAAAGUCCACCUGUGUGCAAUCUGUGUCACAUGAUCUGUCACAUGAUCUCAGUAUAUAUACACCUGUUCUGAAAGGCCCCAGAGUCUGCAACACCACUAAGCAAGGGGCACCACCAAGCAAGCGGCACCAUGAAGACCAAGGAGCUCUCCAAACAGGUCAGGGACAAAGUUGUGGAGAAAUACAGAUCAAGGUUGGGUUAUAAAUAAAUAUCUGAAACUUUGAACAUCCCACGGAGCACCAUUAAUUCCAUUAUUUAAAAAUGGAAAGAAUAUGGCACCACAACAAACCUGCCAAGAGAGGGCCGCCCACCAAAACUCACGGACCAGGCAAGGAUGGCAUUAAUCAGAGAGGCAACAAAGAGACCAAAGAUAACCCUGAAGGAGCUGCAAAGCUCCACAGCGGAGAUUGGAGUAUCUGUCCAUAGGACCACUUUAAGCCGUACACUCCACUGAGCUGGGCUUUACGGAAGAGUGGCCAGAAAAAAGCCAUUGCUUAAAGAAAAAAAUAAGCAAACACGUUUGGUGUUUGCGUAAAGCCAUGUGGGAGACUCCCCAAACAUAUUGAAGAAGGUACUCUGGUCAGAUGAGACAAAAUUUGAGCUUUUUGGCCAUCAAGGAAAACGCUAUGUCUGGCGCAAACCCAACACCUCUCAUCACCCCGAGAACACCAUCCCCACAGUGAAGCGUGGUGGCAGCAUCAUGCUGUGGGGAUGUUUUUCAUCGGCAGGGACUGGGAAACUGGUCAGAAUUGAAGGAAUGAUGGAUGGAGCUAAAUACAGGGAAAUUCUUGAGGGAAACCUGUUUCAGUCUUCCAGAGAUUUGAGACUGGGACGGAGGUUCAACUUCCAGCAGGACAAUGACCCUAAGCAUACUGCUAAAGCAACACUCGAGUGGUUUAAGGGGAAACAUUUAAAUGUCUUGGAAUGGCCUGGUCAAAGCCCAGACCUCAAUCCAAUUGAAAAUCUGUGCUAUGACUUAAAGAUUGCUGUACACCAGCGGAACCCAUCCAAUUUGAUGGAGGUGGAGCAGUUUUGCCUUGAAGAAUGGGCAAAAAUCCCAGUGUCUAGAUGUACCAAGCUUAUAGAGACAUACCCCAAGAUACUUGCAGCUGUAAUUGCUGCAAAAGGUGGCUCUACAAAGUAUUGACUUUGAGGGGGUGAAUAGUUAUGCACGUUCAAGUUCUGUUUUUUUUGUGUUAUUUCUUGUUUGUUUCACAAAAAAAAUAUAUUUUGCAUCUUCAAAGUGGUAGGCAUGUUGUGUAAAUCAAAUGAUACAAACCUCCAAAAAAUACAUUUUAAUUCCAGGUUGUAAGGCAGCAAAAUAGGAAAAAUGCCAAGGGCGGUGAAUACUUUCGCAAGCCACUGUAGCGGUUUCUCUUGACCUGCAGGGGGCAGGCUCGCGCUGUUACUGUAAACCCUGACCAUUGAAUCAGUGCUUUUAUUAGAGCAACAUACAAGCUCUAUAAAACAAGCUGUAUUCAGCUAAUGAGCUCAAAUUAUAGCCUCUUUUUCCACGAUUCCUGAGUGAAAAUUCCUGAGUGAAAAUGAGAUUUUCUGCUCUUUAAACAGAGGAGAUUCAAGGUCUGUGAAAACUGUAGCUUUCUCUGUAGGAGUCAUUGGGAGUCAUCAUUACUAAGAUUACUACUGCAGUAUGUUCUCAUACAUAAUAUGAAUAUACAGUAUAUGGCCUUUACAGAGCUGUGUGAGGCGAGACAGGUCCUAUGCUUACCUACUGCCUCCCUGGGGACCUCUUAAGUGAGAGUUGCUGAAAGGGGGUGUAUGAGAGACCACAGAUACCUCUCUGUUAGAUAGAGUAUUUAUCAGAUGUACGUUUACUUGACUUUGUUUUCACAAACACAUACCUCAUACUGACCGUGUGGAACCAGGCCAGAUGCAUGGUAUGUUUUGUGUGAUUCUACCAUUCCCCCUGCUAGUGCUAAAUAUGUAAUGUUUUUCAUGGCAAUUUUCAUAGCAGCAGGCAGGACCACAGGCGGCUGGUGGCACCUUAAUUGGGGAGAACGGGCUUGUGCUAAUGACUGGAGCGGAAUAGGUGGAAAGGUAUCAAAUACAUCAAACACAUGGUUUCCAUGGGUUUGAUGCCAUUCCAUUUACUCCGUUCCGGACAUUAUUAUGAGCCUCUCUCCCCUCAGCAGCCUCCACUGGGCAGGACAUGAUUGGUAUUAGGUUGUAUACAGGUGUUGUGGUGUGUGUGUGUGUGUGUGUGUGUGUGUGUGUGUGUGUGUGUGUGUGUAUGUAUGUGUAACUGUUCGUGUGAGAGAGAGAGAACGAGAGAGAGAACUAUACACUCUGUCAGCCAUCCGUGUAAAAGCCAGGCAACAUUGAUGACAGCAGCGGAUACAUCUCCCAGAUGUUUAUCAGACAGAGAUAACAGUGUUGUCUUAACAACUCAUCUAUCCAGCCUCCCUCACCUCCCUCCAUUGCUCCCUUCCUCUCUGCCACCAUGCCCUCCUGUCAUUGUGUCAUCCAAGAACAUGUCCCCUAAGCCCUGGGACUGGGUUAGCCACAGCUGCCUCUAAACGGUCACUCAACAGGACAUUUAAAAUACAAAUUUAACCAGAUGUGGUUGAAGUAGUAGUUUGAUGGACCUGGACCAGGGGUUUGGCAGCCCUGCUGUGGUUCAAGUGAAACAGAGAUACAGAUCUCCAGUGUUCCCGUACAGCCUGCCCAAAGCCUCUUCAGUGGUUAGUUAGAGCAUAGAGCCAACACACAGUGACAAUGUCAUAUACAGUUUAUGCUCUCCUCCCUCCCUCCUUCCUUCCUUCCUUCCUCUCUCUCUCUCUCUCCCUGGCUCCACCGUCUCUCUCUCUCUCUCUCUCUCUCUCUCUCUCUCUCUCACCCUGGCUCCCCCAUAUCUCUCUGUCUCUCUCUCUCUCUCUCUCUCUCUCUCUCUGUCUCUCACUCUCUCUGGCUCCCCCAUCUCUUUCUUUCCAUCUCUCUCUCUCUCUCUCUCUCUCUCUCUCUCUCUCUCUCUCUCUCUCUCUCUCUCUCUCUCUCUCUCUCUCUCUCUGUCUUUCCCAUGGAUGUCCUCUCCUCUCUGCUAUUCUCACUUCUCUGCCAGUCCCCAGUCAUGUUUAUUCAGCUCGUUUGCUCUCCGUUACGAGGAAAUCGAGGGGGCACUUGCUCUCUGACCCCCCAGUCCACCACUCUUUGAUUGGGUUCUCCUUUUCAAUAGAGUCUCUGUCCCCAUCCACCCCUCACCCCAUCCCCUUCUGAGAGCAGACAUCUUUGAUCUCCGCCUGAAUGUCUCUGUGGGGAAGAUUGAUCCUUUGUUUGGGCGGUGUGGAGUGGAUCUGCCCGACACAGCUGGCCCAUGUUAAAGACAGAGAGGUCACAGCUAGAUUUGAAACAUUCUGUCAGUGAGCAGCAUAGUCAUUCAUACCUGAUCACACCUGAUCACACCUGCCCACCCACACCUAAGCUAAGGUUUCUUUAGGGUUAGCUUGCAAUGCACACAGCCGUGUAAAAACAGCUAUAAUUUUAUUGAUCAUUGAAUGAUCAGGAUGUUUGUACUGCUCUGCCUGUUUGCAGUAUGUUGUUAGUGCUUUGAUUACAUGACACAGCAGUUUGUGAAUGUUUUUUUAUAUAGCUCAAAUGGAUGUGAGUUUUUGUUUAUCUCUGUAUGGUGUGAUUGAAACAACUGGCCCGUGGUGUAUUUUCUGUCGCUUUAGGUUUCUCUAAGGGUGGAGCUGCGCCCUCUUUUGAGCGGGUCAGCAACACUGCACCAGUACCCAAAGUUUCUGACCGCCCCGCCCCCCAGGCGCACCCCAAGGACCAGGACUCCCUGGUACAGCGGGCCGAACACAUCGCAGCGGGAAUACGCACCCCCAUGUGUGGCCACUGUGACAAGGUCAUCAGGUCAGUACCAACAGUCAGUAUGGGAAACCAUGUGUUGACUUAUGGUCAAAAGUCGUGCUCUAUAUUGGAAUUUUGGACACAGCAUAAGGGUUUACUUCUGAUUAGUUUAGUCCCUCUCAAAUGCAUCUGAAGUUUUACAAAAAAAAACGUAAUCUGUCUUUUUGUCUUGUUAUCCUGACCUCUGACCACUUCCUAUCUUUCACAGAGGACCUUUCCUGGUGGCCAUGGGCAUGUCGUGGCACCCUGAGGAGUUUAACUGUUCCCACUGCCACACGUCUCUGGUGGAGUAUGGCUUCGUGGAGGAGAGGGGAACAGUGUACUGUGCUCACUGCUAUGAGAAGUUCUUCGCCCCUACCUGCACCAGCUGCCAGCAGAAGGUCCUGGGGGUGAGUGACAUACUUUAGGAGACUGUAUAGUAUCUUGGCUAGUGCUCAACUAUCUUAUCUUCCUCUUCUAAUGUACAGACACAUAUUGAAAUCAAAUUAUGACAUUAUGACAGUAAUAGAAUUCCCUAUAAUCCCUUAUAUUUUUUUUUACAGGAAGUCAUCAAUGCCCUGAAGCAGACAUGGCAUGUGUACUGCUUCCUGUGUGCGUCCUGCCAGCAGCCAAUCAGAAACAACACCUUCCACCUGGAGGACGGGAUGCCAUACUGCGAAAGAGGUGAGAGUUCACAGCAAGCAAGGUCUUUGGGAAUGAACAGCACUGUGAAAUGAAUCGAGUCAUGAAAGUAACAUUAUACUGACUCUCUCCCAUUCAGACUACUACCAACUCUUUGGUACCAGUUGCCAUGGUUGCGACUUUCCCAUUGAGGCAGGUGACAAGUUUCUGGAGGCGUUGGGAUUCACCUGGCAUGAUACCUGCUUCGUGUGUGCAGUAAGUCAGUCUCCCAUGGAGCGAGUGAAGGAGGCAUGGAGAGAGAGAGGAGUAGAGUAUAUAAAAUGGAAGGGUUUUAGCACUGACUGUCUGUCUUUUUGUAGGUCUGCAACACCAGUUUGGAGGGCCAAGCCUUCUUCUCUAAAAAGGACAAGGCUCUGUGCAAGAAACACGCCAACACAGUCAAGAUCUGACCUGCCCCCAGGAGUGAAGAACAGAGUUGUUGAUAUUUUUGGUAGUUUUAAAAGAUUUAUCUGAUUAUGACUUUUAUUAACAGAGAUGUUUGGUAAUGGGGAUUUAAGCUUUAUUUCAUCUUCUCUGAUGGAUGUGUGUGUGUGUGUGUGUGUGUGUGUGUGUGUGUGUGUGUGUGUGUGUGUGUGUGUGUGUGUGUGUGUGUGUAGUUUACCAUUCACCGCUUGUGCCAUAUAAGGGGAAAAUAUUUUGCUCAAAUGAAGGUAUGAAAAAGUACCUAGUGUCUUUUCUACCGAUUUAGAUGUAUUAGUUAUUUGAAGAUUUGUUGAAGUCAGACAAAGUGCAUGAUGGGAGAAAGUAUGUUGACUUGAAGGGAGGUAUGAUUUUUUAUAAAAUCUGAUUGAAAUGUUCUUUACAUACAGUACAAUAAUAUACUGUAGUUAGGUGAACACAUAAGGUAGUGAUACUCAAGUAGUGGCCCGGGGGCAUAUCUGGCUCAUCAUGACAUUUCUUGAAGCCCUCAACAUUAAUUUAUUUCAUAAAUGAAAAUCCACACAUAUGAUCCCUUAGAAUGUAUGUAGUUAAAAUCUAAUUAAAGUCUGAUUUUAGUAUAUAAUGGGGACCUUAUAAAAUGAACAUUAAUCAGUGGACAGAUUAAAAUAAAUGAUCACCUUAUUGAAAAAUAGUGUGUAAUUGAGAACAACUAGACACCCCAACCCCUUUUUAUUCUCUCUCCCAUUCUCUCUCUCCUCCUUCUCUCUCUCUCUCUCUCUCUC